AUGACCAGUUUUGAUCCUCACUGCACCAGGUUAUCUGCUAAUACUUCAGCUGAUUCGAAUGGCGCUUGUCCUCAUUGCCACCAACCCAUUAAGCAGAGAGAAUCCGCUGGUGACUUUCAAACUACUUUAGACAAGUUAUUUCCUAAUGCAUACAGACUUGAAGAAUUUGUCUUUGAAACAAAACAAACAUUGGUUCCCAAAGGCUUCUAUCCUCAUGUUAAUACAUUGGUUUGUGUUGGAUUAUGUCGUGACGAAAUAACAAGUCCUUUCGAAGAAGAAAUCGAAGCUAUGUGGGGUCAAGC